UGCGUGCAGAUGGGCUGGCGCAAGUCGCGCACAUCGAACAACUCCUGCGGGCUGGCGGUCAUGCACGGCAAGCGCGCACAGGGAUCGCUACAGCAGGUCGCAGUGCCGCCGACAAAGCUGGGGAUCACAGGCAGAGUGGGCAUGGUGAGAUUUGCGAUGCAGGGCUUGUCGAUCGCCAUCUUCCCGAUCUACGUACCGCCGAAGGGGAUGGCAGCAAAUACUCUUCGACAG